UUUCAGAAAGGAUUUACACCAGCAGUCCCAGUUCAUGCCAAUAAAGAAGAUCCAGCUACUCAAACUAAUUUAGGAUUUAUUCAUGCGUUUGUUGCUGCCAUAUCAGUUAUCAUUGUAUCUGAACUGGGUGAUAAGACGUUUUUCAUAGCGGCCAUCAUGGCCAUGCGCUAUAACCGUUUGACUGUGUUGGCUGGUGCUAUGCUUGCCUUGGCCCUCAUGACAUGCUUAUCAGUUUUGUUUGGCUAUGCCACCACAGUCAUCCCCAGAGUGUACACAUACUAUGUUUCAACUGCAUUAUUUGCCAUUUUUGGCAUUAGAAUGCUUCGGGAAGGCUUAAAGAUGAGUCCAGAUGAGGGUCAAGAGGAAUUGGAAGAAGUUCAAGCAGAAUUAAAGAAGAAAGAUGAAGAAUUUCAACGAACCAAACUCCUAAAUGGUCCUGGAGAUGUUGAAGUGGGUACAAGCACAACAAUACCUCAGAAAAAGUGGCUGCAUUUUAUUUCACCCAUUUUUGUUCAAGCUCUUACAUUAACAUUCUUAGCAGAAUGGGGAGACCGCUCUCAACUCACGACAAUUGUUUUGGCAGCUAGAGAGGAUCCCUAUGGUGUGGCUGUGGGUGGAACAGUGGGGCACUGCUUAUGUACUGGAUUGGCAGUAAUUGGAGGAAGAAUGAUAGCACAGAAAAUCUCUGUCAGAACUGUGACAAUCAUAGGAGGCAUCGUCUUUUUGGCAUUUGCAUUUUCUGCACUAUUUAUAAGUCCUGAUUCUGGAUUUUAACAAACUGUUCAUUUGUAUUUAGUAUAAGGUAGUGACUCUUGUCUUGCUGUACAUAGUGUACACUAUAACUAAAACUAAUAGAAAUACUAUAUUUUGUAGCAUUGAUUUGUGAGUUUGACCUAAUGAAAUUACUACAUCCAAAAAACAAAAAAUCAUUGAUUUUUAUAUGUAAAAUGGAUUUUUUUUUUU